AUGAAGAGGAUGAUGAUGGAACGGAGCGCUGAGUCUAGAGAAGAAUGGCUAGCAAGGAAACAAAUUAUUGCUUCGAGGAUUAAGGGGGAUGGGCUCGGUGAGGUGGGAGUUAAGAUGUGGAAGGAUUAUAGGAUUGUGGAUGGGAGGGGAGGGGAAGGCUUUGAGGGGUUUUGGGGGGGUGAUUAG